CUGCGAGGAGGCGGAAUGCGGCUUUUCGUGAGCGACGGCGCCCCGGGGAACCUGCCUGUCCUGGCCGCGGCUUGCCGGGCAGGGGCCAGGGACAAGCUGCUCAUCAGCACCGUGGGCCCCGAAGAGUGUGUGGUACCAUUCUUGACUCGGCCUAAACUUCCAGCCCUGAAACUAGACAGUGGUCACUACCUUUUUUCUAGUAGUGCAAUUUGCAGGUAUUUCUUUUUGUUGUCUGGUUGGGAACAAGAUGACCUCACUAACCAGUGGCUGGAAUGGGAGACAACAGAGUUACAGCCUGUUCUUUCUGUCGCCCUCUACAACUUGGUGGUCCGUGGAAAGAAGGGAGAGGAUGUCCUUUCUCCUGUCCGAAAGGCGUUGAUACACAUUGACCACAGCCUGAGUCGACGAAGCUGCCCUUUCCUUGCUGGGGAUUCAGAGUCUUUGGCUGAUAUCGUUCUGUGGGGAGCGCUAUACCCUUUGCUCCAGGAUCCAACUUACCUUCCUGAUGAACUUGCUGCCUUGCAGACCUGGUUCCGGACCCUGAGUGUCCAGGAACCAUGCCAGCAGGCAGCUGAAUCUGUACUGAAAAAGCAGGGGGCCUUGGCUCUCCGGGUAUAUCUGCAAAAACAGCCACAGCCCAGUGUUCCCUUAGAGAGACCUGUCAGUAAUGAGCCUGAGGAGGAUGAGCUGUCUGCUCACACGCUUUCUGAGGAGGAGAUCGCCAUGGCUGUAACAGCUUGGGAGCAAGGACUGGACGCUCUGCCUCCAGUUAGACCACGGCAGGAUCCAGUGUUACCAGUAGCUGGAGAAAGGAAUGUGUUCAUCACCAGUGCCCUUCCCUAUGUCAACAAUGUCCCACAUUUAGGCAACAUCAUUGGUUGUGUCCUUAGUGCUGACGUCUUUGCCAGGUACUCUCGACUACGCCAGUGGAAUACGUUGUACUUGAGUGGGACAGAUGAGUAUGGAACAGCAACAGAAACCAAAGCCAUGGACGAGGGCCUAACACCGCAGCAGAUCUGUGACAAGUACCACGCCAUCCAUGCCAGCAUCUACCGUUGGUUUAACAUAUCCUUUGACUUCUUUGGUCGGACCACCACGCCACUUCAGACCACGAUCACCCAAGACAUCUUUCAGAGGCUACUGUCUCGGGGCUUCUUGCUCAAGGACACAGUGGAGCAGCUCCGGUGUGAGCGGUGCUCUCGCUUCCUUGCUGACCGAUUUGUGGAGGGCAUCUGCCCCUUUUGUGGUUACGAGGAGGCCCGUGGUGACCAGUGCGACAAGUGUGGCAAGCUCAUCAAUGCCAUUGAGCUGAAGAAGCCUCAGUGUAAGAUCUGCCGGGAAUCCCCUGUGGUGAAAUCUUCCCAGCACUUGUUCCUGGACCUGCCCAAGUUGGAGAAUCGUCUGGAGGAGUGGUUGAGCAGGACGCUAGCUGGCAGUGACUGGACACCCAAUGCUCGAUUCAUCACACGGUCGUGGCUCCGGGAUGGGCUCAAACCACGAUGCAUAACUCGUGACCUCAAAUGGGGUACCCCUGUACCCUUAGAGGGCUUCCAGGACAAGGUGUUUUAUGUUUGGUUUGAUGCUACAAUUGGCUAUAUGUCCAUCACAGCUAACUAUACUGACCAGUGGGAACGAUGGUGGAAGAAUCCAGAACAGGUGGAGCUCUACCAGUUCAUGGCCAAAGACAAUGUCCCUUUCCACAGUGUGGUCUUCCCUUGCUCAGCCCUUGGAGCCGAAGACAACUAUACCCUGGUCAGCCACCUCAUUGCCACAGAAUACCUGAACUAUGAGGAUGGGAAGUUCUCUAAGAGCCGAGGUGUGGGGGUGUUUGGGGACAUGGCCCAAAACACAGGCAUCCCUUCUGACAUCUGGCGCUUCUACCUGCUUUAUGUGCGGCCUGAAAACCAGGACAGUUCUUUUUCCUGGAGUGACCUGAUGCUCAAGAAUAAUUCUGAAUUACUUAACAACCUGGGCAACUUUGUCAACAGAGCUGGGAUGUUUGUGUGCAAGUUUUUUGGAGGCUGUGUACCUAAGAUGACGCUAACUCCGGAUGACCAGCGACUACUUGCCCAUGUCACAUUGGAGCUACGACUGUACCACCAACUGCUGGAGAAGGUUCGGAUUAGAGAUGCCCUUCGGUGUUUCCUUACCAUCUCACGGCACGGCAACCAGUACAUUCAAGUGAAUGAGCCCUGGAAGCGAAUCAAGGGCAAUGAGGCUGAUAGGCUCCGUGCCGGCACAGUGACAGGUGUGGCAGUGAAUAUGGCUGCCCUGCUCUCCAUCAUGAUACAGCCGUACAUGCCUACGGUCAGCACAACUAUCCAGACCCAGCUGCAGCUCCCACCUGCAGCCUGUGCUGUCUUGCCUACCGACUUCCCAUGCCUCCUGCCUGCCGGGCACCAGAUUGGCAUAGUUAGUCCCUUGUUUCAGAAGCUAGAAAACGACCAAAUUGAAAGCCUGAGAAAGCGCUUUGGAGGGGGCCAGGCCAAAGUUUCCAAGGCAGAAGACCCCACAGAACUAGCAAAUCCUGAGCAGAUUAAGCUGCUAACGGAUGCAGUGACAAAACAGGGCAAUGUUGUCCGAGAGUUGAAGGCCCAGAAGGCAGACAAAGCCCAGGUGGCUGCUGAGGUGGCUAAACUGCUGGAACUAAAACAACAACUGGCACUGGCUGAAGGGAAGCCUCCAGAACCUUCGAAGGGCAAGAAGAAGAAAUGAAAAGGAACGCUUGAGACACCAUCUGAGUGUGAUUGAAUAUAAAUCAUUUUAAUGCAGCGGGUUAGAGAUAAUAAAUACAUCUAUAUACAUGG